ACGCCGCUCUGAGAUGAGACAGAAAGUCUGCUAUCCAGAAAACCACAUCUGAACAAAUCUACUGAACUACGGCGCAUGACUACCAAGAUUUUUAAAGUUGAUCCCAUGUGGGUGGUUGAAAAGAUCCGUGUAUCAGUAGAGAAAACCAAUUUGUUCCUUCCUACAACGGAAAACAGCUUCAAUAUUGGAAGGAUGUUUGGAGAAAAAGCUUCUGCUGAUAAAGCCAAGAAAGCCGCCCUGUGUCCCAACAUCAUCACUCCGGACACCAUUCCUGAGUUCUGCAUCCCACCUAAAAUCUCAAGUCCACUGGAGGUGAAGGGUGUGGAGCAAGGAAAGGCAACUCCGUGCAUCACGGUUUCUUGCAGUGAAAGCUACAGCCCAAAGAAGGAGAUUCCCUUCCGAGAACCGAUCAGUAGUCACAUUAUCCAAGUCGAGAGCGUGGAUGAUGGGCCAUGCAACAAAGGUUGUAGUGAUGAGGAGAACACCAAUGCAGACCCCCAGAGCCAGGCUGCUCUCUCUCUGCCCCACCUGGCCAAAGCCCAGACAUGCUAUGGCUUCUGCACACUGCUAGAGAGCCCACACACCAGAAGGAAGGAGUCCCUGUUCCACAAUGAUCCCAAUUCCUCCGGGAUUCCCUUGCUUCUGCCCAGGAGCAGGUCAAAUACCUGCUCCAGAUUUUCUUCAGCUCCUGUUUUUCCAGCGUCCACCUCACCCUCCUCCUUCAGUCUGAACAACCUAACCUCCAAAUUGUCACGGAGGGGCUUCGGUCUGCACAGGCAGGCCACGCAGGACAGUGACACCACCUCAUCAGCCGAAUCCUCACCAUUCAGCUCUCCUCUCCUGGCCAGAUCACUACCCAAACCCUCCCUCUUCAAAACACUCAGCCAUGAGAAGCUACUCUACUGUAAUAUCCAGAAGACCACUGUUUCCAGGAACAACUCCCUGUCAACGGAUGAAGCCAGCUCCACAGAUAACAGCCCUAAUGUCAUGAGGAGGUCGUCAGAGGUACUCAUAGAACCUCUUUCCUCCAGCUUUGGCCUGGCACCUCCUGCCAUCUUCCCCUUGGACUUGGUUCUGUACAGAGAGAGGGUGAUGAAGGAAAGCCUGGUGCCAGUAGGAAGGGAUGGAACCCUGCGCCUAUCAGCAGAAUACUGUCCAGAGAACCAGAGAAUGCGAGUCCGACUCAUCAGCGCUGAGGGGCUGUACUCUCUCUCUGUGGACCCUAAGAGCAUCAACUGCAGCAUCAGUCUUGCCCUAAUGCCCGGGAAAUUCCAGAAACAACGCAGCACUGUCAUUAGGAAGAGCCGUAAUCCAAUCUUCAAUGAGGACUUUUUCUUUGAUGGCAUAACUGAGGAGGACCUCAGCCAUUGGUCACUGAGGUUUAAAGUAGUUAACAAAAUGUCCACCAUGAAAAGAGACUAUAUUUUGGGCAGUUGUGAUCUUCCUCUGACUUGUAUUGUCAGCUUAUAAAAAGAAAAUUUAACUUACUUUCUAUAUUUAUUUGAUUUGUUAAUAUUCAUUAUUUAUUUACAGUUUUAUAUUGCCAAAGAUUUUAUUUCUAUUAAAAAGUUGAAAAGCAAAUUUGCUUCCUUGCUUCUCUCUCUGUCUCUCUCACACAAUGGGAAAAGGGGUUCAUUGAAAGAAGUGAUAAUUUAUUCAUAGCUAAAUCAACCUCUAGGGACUAUGAAUAGAAACACUGCAACCUUAAAAGCUUCCUCGCAGCCUUAAUGGCUUGCAUUAUUCCUGUUUCUGGAAAAAAAAGAUGUUCUUGAUC